UCCCAGAGGGACCUCGCGUUUUACAUUCCUGGCAUUCCGACCUCAGUCCCUCCUCGGUUACUUAUUAUCGCCGCCUGCUCUCUCCACAAUCAUUUCACAGCGAGGGAGGACCGCGGCAGCCCGUCCGGGGGGAGCAACAUGAGACACGUUUGACUCGAGAAAACUCAUGGAAAUAGUGGAAUUUAGUGGAUUUAUUUUUAAACUUCGAGACCGAGAACAACGUUUGGUUAUGAUGAGCGCGUGAGCUGGUUCACAGCUGAUUUAUUAAAAAAAAUUUAAGAUAACAAAGAGCCCAACAGUCUUUAGAGAAGAUAACAACAAAGCAUUAUGUCGUCCACUGAAGAGCCGUCUGGCACGGUCCUGCACCGGCUCAUCCAGGAGCAGCUGCGCUACGGAAACCCCACAGACACCCGCACCUUAUUAGCCAUCCAGCAGCAGGCCCUGCGCGGAGGCAGUGGAAGCAACAGCGGACCCAGCAGCGGAGGCGAAAUGGGCAGGAGCCCACGAUCCUCUUUGGAGAGUCUCACCCAGGAGGACCCUCAGUUCCCUCAGCUCUCUGCGAGGCAGGAGCCCCAGGGCCAGGAGCACCAGGGCGACUACCAUCACUCAGAGAGCGGCUACCAGCUCUACCAGCUGCAUGGGGAAGAGCUGCCAACAUAUGAGCAGGCUAAGGUGCACUCUCAGUAUCUGGCCUCUCAUUGGGCCCCUACAGGCCCCAUCAGGCAGCUCCACGAUGAGCUCCUGCAUGAGGGGGCCUUCCAUGAAGAGGCAGAUCUGAUGGAGCUGAAGUGCAGCCAUGUGCGGUCGCUCAGCGAGCAUCGCAUGCAGAUUUCUCUGGAGAGGAAUGAUGCAGCUGCUAAAGCAGAGGCCAUUAAGAGCACCUCUCACAGCUACCCCGAGCUUCCUUACUAUGCACCCCAAGGCCUUCAGAGCACGAGGCAGAGCCUGGACAAGCGCAGCCCGCCUCCAGAGUACUCAGCCCCCAUCCAGGGCCAGGGAUUUAUCUCUCAUCAGGUCCAGGAGCCUGUGCAGGCACAGCAGCACAGGUAUGUCCAGUCUGGUCAGCCAGCUGAAGUCCCCUGCUACAGCACAUUCACCAGCCUGCCACCUGCUGGCUUGGAGGAGCCCAACCAGGUGGAGCUGCUGCUGAUGGAGAAUGAGAGGCUAAGGCAAGAGCUGGAAGCCCACAGGGAGAAGACUGGCCGUAUUCAGAAGUUGGAGCAGGAGAUCCAGCGUAUUUCAGAGGCCUAUGAGACAUUGAUGCAGGGCAGUUCUAAGAGGGAGAACCUGGAGCAGACACUGAGGAGGAGGCUAGUGGCUGAGAUCAGGAGGCUGCAGGACUUCAACAGAGACCUGAGAGAAAACUUGGAAAAUGCCAGAACGCACGUUGCAAAAGAAGUAGAAGCAGCCGACCAUAACCAGCACAUCAUGGCGAAACUCCUUGAGCAAAAUGAGGAGCAGAACUUUGAGCGGGAGCGUGUGGAGCGGGAGCUGGAGCGAUUGCGAUCCACAGCGGAGGAGCAGAGUCUCCGGGCGAAGCGGCUCGAGGAGGCCCUUGAUUCAGCUCGUGGGCGAGGUCGCCAGCUCGAGGAGGAACUGAGGAGGAAGAGGGCUUAUGUGGAGAAAGUGGAGAGACUUCAGAGUGCGCUGGCUCAGCUACAGUCCACCUGUGAGAAGAGGGAGAGCCUGGAGAUGAAACUGAGGACACGACUAGAACAGGAGCUGAGGAGUCUGCGGGCACAACAGAGGCAGUCCCAGCCACCAGGAGUGACCAUGAGUUCCCUCCAAGAGCGCCUGCAUGAGCGUGAGGAGCGAAUCUUGGCCCUUGAGGCAGACAUGGUGCGAUGGGAGCAGAAGUACCUUGAAGAAAGUACCAUGAGGCAGUUUGCGAUGGAAGUGGCUGCCACUGCCGCGGCACAGAGAGACACCACCAUCAUUAACCACUCGCCUUGCCACUCCUCUAACAACAGUUUCAACGAGGAGCUGCCAGUGGCCGACUACAGGAAUCAGGAGAUGGAGAACAGGAUUCGUGCUCUUUACGCUCAGAUCUUGGAAAAGGACGCUGUGAUCAAGAUCCUUAACCAGCGGCUGCAUCAGGACCAGGGGCGGAGAGACGAGCAGAGUCCUCGCGCAAACCUCCUGAACACAGCGGGGGCACCUCUCCGAGCCGCCUCCUCCACCCCCUCCAUUCCCUCCAUCAGCACAGCCAAGAGCAACACAAGGAUAAGAGGUAUGAAUCUUUCAGAUGAUCAGACUUUGCCAAACCGUCAGUUCUCGGCUCAGUCUGAACCUGGAACACUAGAGCGGCAGGUGGAGGGAACGAAGGCCAAAGAGGCUGCCAGCACAACUAAGCUCAACAGUGACAAGGCAGUGCCUAAGAAGUUGCUCUUAAACCCCUUCAGAGGCCUGGAUGAGCUGGAGUCAGAGGCAGUGGAAAUCUUCAUUUAAAAGACUGAGAGGUGGAUUUUGAAUGAGUGAAAGAGAAAAAAACUAUUCUGAGAAUCUGUGAAGAGUGCAAGUCUUUGAAUAGAGACUGGAUUAAAUAUUGGAUGCAAGAAUGUCGUGGAAAGAGGCCAACGCACGAAAAAAAGGGACUGUUUUCACAUUUUUUAGAGGCAGAGCUGUGCUCCGACUCACUUGCUCUCACUAAGCUGGACAGCUGCAGGCAGUCUGCCCGGCUGGGAGAGAAAAGAUGAAUCUUAAGAUGAAUCUUCUGAGGUACUUGGACAGUAUUGUGGAUUGUUAUAGGGCAACUUGUUCUCAGAGAGUGGAUGCCAACAUAUUUAUAUAAAUAUAUAUAUAUUAUUGCUGCUUUCCCUUCCUUUAUUAUGUCCUUUAUCUCCUCCCCCAACCCAGUGAAUUAAGAAGCUACAUAUUUAUCUUAUCUGGUUUCCACAUUCCCCAAAUAUUAACUUAAGCCUCUUCUAGAUAAAUAUUCAAUAAAAGGUUAUCUAUGUGACCUCCAUUCCCCUCCUAUCCAAAAAAAAUGUCAAUCUGAGUAACCUCAUUCCCAUCACAUGGAUCUUAUCUGUUUGGAAGACUUCCCUUUGUUCAGUAAUUUAAUUAACACAUGAAACACUGCUGAUUUAAAUGCUUUCGCUGUCCAUAUUUCUGAAGCACUAGUAGCUGGUUCUGCAAAGGCUCAGAGGUGUGUGAACAGUGAGAUGCAUAAUAUAUAAAACACACACCAGACAUGGUGUUGUUUGUAAUUUUGAAAGGGUGUUGUUUUCUGAUGACUUUUUCCUUCUCUAAGUAUGUUUGCAUGUGUGAUUACAGUAUGUGAGUGUGUUCCCUGAUGUGGUGAUUCGGCUGGUUCGGUCACCACUGUGGGAUAAAAAGUUGAAAACUACACCGUGUUGUUUUUUUUUGUUUACUGUGAGCUUUGAACUAACAAACAGGUUAAUUAUUAUUAUUAUAAUUAUUAUAUUUUAUACAGAUGUUUGUAUUGUUAUUUUAGAUAAGAUAGUGCUUUGAGCAGGAUGCCAAAGAGUUUUAUGUAUGUUUGUUGUAAGUUAUGUGUCGACAAUCACGGUUAUGUCAAGCUGUACACAACCAACCAAGACAUUUCUGUGAACUUCAAACAAUAUGAAGGUUUUUACAGUUGAAUUCAUGCAACAUUUCAUAAGGCAAUAAAAUAUUCUAAUAUACUUUAA